AAAGCUGGAGAUGGCAGAGUCUUGUGAUAACGAGGUUUUCCGUAAAGCCAUAGUUAAGAAUUAUGUGGCAGUCAAGAAGUAUUUGCAUCCAGAUCCCAUAAUUUAUUGUGAAACAGGCUUUGAAUUACUCACUGUCGCAGACAGAAAGAAUAUCCAGGGUAAGGACCCAACUGAUAAGAAUGAAACGAUAUUGAGAAAAGUAAGAUCCAAAGGUGCUAAUGGUUACACAGAUUUUAAAGAGCGCCUGAGAAAGACCUGGCAGACUGACUUAUUAGAGCUGAUCGUUUGUGCAGAAAAUGGACAGGACACAACAGAGAUAGAGAGUCGGCUUGAGAAAACAGCAGUGUUAAGUCCGGAGUAUAUCAAACACAGAGGUGGUAAGUCAAUUGUUUUACGCUCAUAUUGUUCAUAGGUGAGCUUUUGUGACUGCAAGCAUGUCGGUUGUUAGUUGUCUAUCAUUUGUCGUGGAUAUAUGUGUUUAAACAACAUCUCUACCUAAAAUUAUCGAUUAAUAUCAACUUUUACAGAUAUGAUUAAAAGAAGGUUUCACCAAUAGUUUGGCUUGUCGGUAAUUGCCUGUUAAACAUGUGUUCUGAGAGAAAUAUACAUUACUUAGCUGGAAAUGUCGGUCGCUAAUGAUUUCCUGGUAGUAAACUCAAAAUCAUCACUGCCAUCAUAAUAGUUAUUAUCUAUUUAAUAGUAUUUUAAUACACAAACUACAUAGAUCAUUACGAUUAUUCGAAUACCUUGAUUAAUAUCAGUUAAUAUAAAUCUGGGUUAUCAUAAAAAACAACAAUAACAAAAAUGGCAGAUUUGACACUUCAGUCAAGAUCAAGUAAAUUCGAAAAGGAUGUUGAGAGGUUUUCUGACCCGGACUCCUAGCCAAAAGUCUUGCAGUAAUUGAGUCACGAACACUCUAUACCAUUGUG